AUGCGCUGCUUGCUUCCGCAGAUUGUGUACGAGUUUGCACUCGGUUCGUUCUUGAUCUUCCGCCUCGUGUACUUGGGGCGCGCUGCCGCUUCUCCCAUGGAGCUGGGCGAGUUUGAUUUUCUGUUUGCAGUUCGGGUCAUCUCGGCCAUUCUCAUCAUGGCGCUGGGCGUCAUGGACGUUGUCGCCUUUAACUUUUCCGAGCCCGAACCCACGAACGACGCUCGGCUGUCCGGAUGGGCCAAUCUCGUCAUUCGCGAGCCCUACGGCAACUUUUGGUCGCGCCGGUACUACCUCUACUUGACACCGCUUUUCAAAUUCGGCGCCACCACCAAUUUUGAGGCGCACCAUUUGGGCAAAAUGAGCCAGGACGACAAGGCCGUGUUUGUCGCACGACGGUUUCGCACCUUCUUGGCGUGGAAGGAGCCGACUGUCUCGUCUGUCGAGGCUGUCCGCCAGCUCAUGCAGCAGUCUGCUGAUACAGCAAGUUCUGCACAUGGGUCCUCGGUCAACGGUAACAGCAGCAGCAACAACAGCAACAACAACAACAACAACAACAACAACCACAACAGCAGCACCCAUUCUCGUGCCACUGAAGCAUCUGCUGACAACUCCCACACUCAGCAACAAACAGGAUAUGCCCGCAUGCAGAGUGACGAGAACGACGACGACGACAGCGGUGACGAAGACGAACGCACAUCGCCCCAACCCUUUGCCGCCACAGAAGAGCUCGAGUCACCGCGGCUGACGCAGGCCGCAGUCGCACUUCACCACCCGAGAAACGCAGAUUCCCCGUCCAUCUGGCAAGUGCGGAUUCCGAGAUGGAAGAGUCGCGUGCGCCCCUUGUUUCGCUCAGGCCGUCGCGCCAACAACGAGUUUGUUCCUCUGGAUGAGCUCGGAAGUGAGUUGCGCGGCCAAUCCCCGCCAGAAGCGCCCCGCGGCUCCCAUUCCACCGAACUAGUCCCAUCUGACAACAAGCCGCCGCAAUUACGCUCCAUCUUCCGCGUCGUCAUGUUGACCAUGCGGCGAGACAUGCUCGAAGCGAGUGUCUGGAUGCUUCUGAGCAGCUGUUUCAUGUUUCUCAAUCCGACUUGUCUUCGUGGCAUUCUUGCCUACGUUGUUGAGAUUCAGAGGUCCGACUCGGACUCUUCCAGCAGCAACAGCAACAACACAUCCUUGCCCCUCAAUGGAUCUGUGACUGCAGCGAUGCCGCCGCACGAAGUGGGCCACGUGAGCUGGAACGUCUUUUUCAGCAACGGCUAUGUGCUGGCGUUCGUCAUGUUCUUUGGCGCAGUGGUGCAGACCAUGUCGGUUCACUCGCACAACCACAUGGCCGUGCGCGCUGCCAUUCGUCUGCGGUCGGCGUUCAUGACAACUGUCUAUCGAAAAGCCCUGCGUCUAUCUCCUCAGGCUCGCGCUAAGUCCAACACUGGCAGCAUUCUCAACCACAUGUCCAUUGACACGACCAAAGUCAUGAUGCUGCUGUUUUUCGUGCACUACUUUUGGGCAAUUCCCCUCCAAGUGCUCAUUGCCAUCAUCUAUCUGACCAAUGUUCUUGGCUACGCUGCCUUGAUUGGAUUCCUGGUCAUUGUCUUGGUCAUUCCGGUGCAACUGCGCCUUGCCACCUACAUUACAAUGCUCAACAAGCAAGCCAUGGCGCGCGACGAUUCUCGCGUCAAGAAAAUCACCGAGCUCAUCAACGGCAUGAAGGUGAUCAAGCUCUACGCCUGGGAGCCUGCGUUCUUGCAACGGGCGCUCGCGGCGCGAGCUGCUCAGCUGGCCAUCAUGUUUCGCGUGGCGCUGCUCAACGCAUUGCUGCAACUCAUCCAGCAAACCCUUCCCAUGCUCAUCACCGUGACGGCCUUUGCCUCCUUUGCUGCCAUCAGCGACGAACCGUUGACGCCAACCACGGCAUUCACCGCCCUGUCGCUGUACGAACUCAUCCGCAUCCCGCUGUACAUGCUGCCCCUCAUCAUCCGCACAGCAACAGACGCGCGGGUGAGCAUGACACGAUUGCAGGCGUUUUUGGAGCUGCCUGAACUUUCGCACGAUCUCGGCGACGGCGUGUCCGCCCAAAGCCAUGAGGACGAGGACGACGAUUGGGAUCGGCGUUUGUACCAGGAUUUCCUCGACUCGGAGGCGGAAAGCAUGGAGCUGCAAGCCUCUGGCGUGUAUGGUGGAGUCGACCAAGUUGUGGGCGUGCUGGAUCCCAGCCUGGCCGAUCCCGACCACCCGACCAAGGAGCGCGCCGCGCCAAUGUGGCUGCCGCGGCCUCCCGCGGCCCACCGUCGCCCCCGCUCCGACCAGCACCGUGCUGCUCAAACGCGGGACGCGUCGCAGCAGCAGCAGCCUGCCGAAGUGUCUGCAACGAAUGCCACAUUCUCAUGGUUGUUGGAGGCGAAUGCCAGCGAAGAGACGGCUCGAGUCAGUGUUCUGCCCGACGUGACGCUCCGCUGCACGCCCGGCACUCUGACUCUGAUUGCAGGUCGACUCGCGUCUGGCAAGACGUCUCUGAUUUCUGCGCUUCUCGGAGAGAUGCCUCGCGUGCGUGGCCGGCGGGUGCUGCGCGGAUCUGUGGCCUACGUGGCUCAGUCGGCAUGGAUUUUGAAUGCCAGUAUUCGGGACAACAUUACCUUCCAAACUCCAUUCAACGCCGAGCGGUAUCAAGAAGUCCUGUCACGCUGUGCUCUUGGCCCAGACAUUGAGUCCUUGGCUGCUGGAGACAGAACGGAAAUUGGCGAGAAGGGCAUUAACUUGAGCGGCGGCCAAAAGCAACGCAUCAGCAUUGCAAGAGCGCUGUACUCGGACGCUGAUGUGGUUCUUUUCGACGAUCCGCUUUCGGCACUGGAUGCUCAUGUUGGUCACCACAUCUUCCAUAAAGUGAUCUUGGAGGCUCUCGUCAACCGAGGGAAAGCUGUACUCCUCUCCACGCACCAGCUGCAGUAUCUGCCAUUUGCAACCAAUGUGGUGGUCUUACAAAGCAUGUCCAUUCUCGCGCAGGGCACCCUAGAGCAGCUUGUAGCCUCGGGCGUGAACAUGUCGGUGCUGGGGGCCGAAGUCACAGAGACGGCAUCGCCAGCCCCCGAACAGGCAGACUCGAUUGAAGCCUCGCCACAGUUGGUAUCGGCAGUUCCCUCAACCGACGAGGCCCAACCAGGCAUGACCUUCCAAACCGAGUCAGCGAUGAGCACCUCAGACGAAGCAGCAAGCAAACUGGCCUCGCCUUCCAAUUCUCGCGUGAGCGACAUCAGCAGCAAUGAAAACACCGACAUUGAACUCAUCGAAGCGGACGAAGAGGACGACGGGCUCCAGACGACGACGGAAGACAGCAGCGAUACAGCACCCCUGAACGGCCCUGCCAAAACCACAAAGUCCGCCUCAACGAACGGCAAUGGCAGCGCCCCCUCAUUGCCCAAUGGCACCUCGAGCGCUCGCUUGAUUGAUCACGAAAAACGCGCCGAAGGCGCCGUGUCAUGGCGCGUGUACAAGGCGUACUUUGCGGCAUCCGGACUUGGACUCUGGAUGGGCGUCUUUUGCCUGUGUAUUGUCACUCGAAGUGUGCUGGUGACGACAGACUGGUGGCUCAGUUUGUGGGCCAACGCCGACGACAGCGCAGAUGCCUUCUACUAUGUCAAGUACUAUGCCAUCCUUGUCAGUGUGUCGCUCGUUUUAUCCGGCAUGGUGACGUUGUCCAUGUCCUAUCUGGGCUUCCGAUCUGCUCGAGAGCUGCAUGCCAAGAUGCUGAAUCGCAUUGCGCACGCGCCAAUGAUGUUCUUUGACACGACGCCGGUUGGCCGCAUCCAGAAUCGCUUCACCUCGGACGUCAAUUCCAUCGACACAGUCCUGAUUGUGUCCUUCCAGAGCUUGGCCGAGCGCAUCUUGUUUGUCCUCUCGUCGCUCGUUGUGCAGCUGGUGGUUGCGCCAUGGUUUUCCAUCCCGCUUGUUCCCAUUCUGUGCGUUUACUUUUGGCUGCAAAACUUUUUCCGCAAGUCAUCGCGCGAGCUCCAGCGCUUGGACAGCGUGACCAAGUCUCCCAUCUUUGCCAACUUUGCCGAGACGCUGGAAGGCCUGGCCACCAUCCGCGCGUAUCGGGCGCAGGCCAGCUUUGCUGUGGCCAACGCACGCAACGUGGAGCGCAACGCUCUGGUCGUUUCGGCUCUCUAUGGCGGAAACCGAUGGAUUGCCAUUCGCAUUGAGGGUGUCGGCUCGACCAUCAUUCUCGCCGCGGCAAUCAGCUCGCUGCUUGCCGCCAACACGAUCGACGCGGGCUUGGUGGGUCUUGCGCUCAGCUACGCCAUGACCACGACGCUGCUGCUGAACAUUGUGGUUCGCAACUACACCGACACGGAAAUGCAAAUGAACUCUGUGCAGCGGGUGAGCGAGUAUGCCAGUCUUGCCAUUGAAAAGGACACUGUUGCCGAAGGUGAAAGCGGCUUUGCUACUACCGAAGACGCCGGUACGCUGGCAGGAGUUUACUCCCGUCCGGAUCUGGAUCUGUCCUGGCCGUCGCGUGGCAACAUUGAAUUUGAGAAUGUCACGGUGUGUUACCGGCCCAAUUCAGCCCCUGUUUUGCAGGGUGUAUCUCUGACUGUCAAGGCAGGCGAGCGCAUUGGCAUUUGUGGCCGUACCGGCAGUGGCAAAUCCACCUUGACCCUUGCACUCUUUCGCAUUGUGCCGUGUGUCACGGGCCGCAUCUUGAUUGACGGGCAAGACAUUGCGUCCAUCCCGCUUGCGCGUGUGCGAGGCGCCCUGGCCAUUAUUCCGCAAGAUCCGCUGCUGUUUGCCGGCACUGUCCGCUACAAUCUGGAUCCCGCCAUGGAGUGCACCGAUGACCAACUGUGGGCGGCGUUGCGCAUUGCUCAGCUGGACACGGUGGUGGAGCAGUUGCGCGGCUCGCAGGAGCUUGUCGGGGAUCGUCUGGAUUUCACCGUGUCCGAGGGCGGAUCCAACUUUAGCACUGGCCAGCGUCAACUCUUUUGCAUGGCGCGCGCAUUCCUGCGUCGUGCCCGCAUUCUCGUGCUGGACGAAGCGAGCGCUUCCGUGGACUAUCGCACCGAUGCCAUGCUCCAGCAUGUGAUUCGCACCGCCUUCCAUAACUGCACCAUUCUGGUCAUUGCGCAUCGCAUUGCAACCAUUGCUGAUUCAGACCGCAUUCUGGGCCUCGAGGCUGGCCGUGUCGUCGAGUUUGACACUCCGGCUGCCCUCUUGCAGCAAGAGUCGAGUCUCUUUGGCUCCCUCAUGAGAGCGCACAACCGGCACACCGGCGUCACUGCGCCCGGUGAUACCAGUGGCAGCGCAACGCCUUCCAACCCGUAGCUGGGACUGCGGGAUUGAUUGAUAUUGAAUGUUGUGAGUUGUACAAUGAAUGUUAUUAUUGUGCUCGUAGAAUAGACGACGUUUUAUG